AUGACUAAGAUCAUUCAAAUUUCUUUACAACAGGUACAAAAUAAAAACCUGGCAUCACCUCUAAAGAAUUCAGAUGACAAAGAGCUAGAACAACCUAUUGUGAAGUGUGGUAGACUUCCUAAAGUAAUAGUUGCUGUAGCCAAGUUUUUGGCACCCAAGACAGUCACAUGCCAUGUAAUAUUCCCUGGGUCCCAAAUCAUUCGGCGGAGGCGUUUGGUGAUGCUAUGGGUUGCUGAGGGCUACUUCAGGGACACUAAAGACACUACUGCAGAGGAGAAAGGGGAGAUCCUCUUCUCAAUGCUCGUCAACCUGAGCAUGAUCCAGCCACCAAUGUGCAAAGACAUCACACACAUGAGAAUGAUCCGAUGCCAAGUCAGUGCUUUCUUCCACAAAUACAUCAUCUCACGUCCAGACGAAGAGAAUAUUAUAUUUGCACUGGAGGUCUUUGCACUGAAGGGGCGUUGCCUUCCAACCACCCGGCGCACAGGGCGCCACCUUGUAAUAGAGAGCAGCUGGGACAGAGACAGGAUUGUGUUUGAAAGCAUUGAUUUUUCACGUCUACGGUCAUUAACAGUGUUUGGGGAGUGGGAAUCAUUCUUCAUCUCUAAAAGUAUGAAGGUGCUUCGAGUGCUCGAUCUGGAGAAUGCAACAGGUGUGACAGAUAAAGAUCUGAAGCUAAUGGUGAAGCUUCUUCCUCGUCUCAAGUUUCUAUCUCUGCGAGGAAGCAGUGGGAUCCGCCAUCUGCCGAGUUCAUUGGGUGAGUUACGGCAGCUUGAGACUCUGGAUGUCAGGCAUACCUCCAUAGUUACCUUGCCAGCAUCUAUCACCAAGUUAAAGAAACUGCAGUACAUUCGUGCUGGCACAACUUUCCCAGCAGGGGAACCAUCAACACCAUGCAGAUCUCAUAAAUUAGUUGGUGUUGAGGUGCCAGUAGGUAUUGACAAGCUGACUGUUUUGCACACGCUUGGUGUUGUCAAUGCUGGUCUUGCAGGGGGCAAAGACUCCCUCAAAGAGCUCAAGAAGAUUACCAAAUUGCGCAAGCUUGGAGUGUUCGGUGUCAAGAAGAAAAACUGCACGGAGUUCUGUGCUGCCAUUGCAUGCCGUGUCCGUCUGGAAUCCUUGUCAGUGUGGCUCAGCAAGGGCAAUGAAGAAUGUUUGGAUGACAUUUCCUUGCAUCUGGAGAAGCCUCUAGAGAAAAUUCAGCAGCAGCCCCAGGGGAAGGGUCUGGAGAAGCCUCAGCAUAAGGCCCAGGAGAAGCCUCAGCAGAAGACUCAGGGGAAACCUCUAGGGAACCUUCAGAGCCUUAAGCUACGAGGUCUUGUAAAACAAGUGCCGUCAUGGAUCAUAGAUCUUCCGAAACUCACAAAGUUGGAACUGGAGAUAACCAUGUCAGAAGAAGUUGAAGUAAUUAAUGUUCUUGGGGAAAUAAAAGAAUUAUGUAUUCUACGUCUUUGUGUCAAGCCUCUUCAAGAUGCUGAUGGCAAGCUUGAUUUUUGUGUCUGGGUGAAUGGAAUACAGCAGCGCUGCUAUUUAAACUUCAAGAUCCUCGAGAUUACUUGCAGCUCAAAGUUAAAUAUAUCCUUUGGAUCAGAAGCAAUGCAAAAUCUUGAGCUGCUGACAGCUCGCUGCUGUAGUGGGUCAACAUUGAAAUUUAUGGAGAUAAAGAAUCUCUCUAAACAAAAACUCAAGGAAGUCCGGCUUAUCAGUUCCCAUGACACUGCACUCAUGGAUGACAUUGAGAAGCAACUAGAGGAGCAUCCAAGGAAUCCUCCUUUGAAGCUGGAGGAACUGGAAGGACGUGGGUCUACAUUGAACUUUAUGGAGAUAAAGAAUCUCUCUAAACAAAAACUCAAGGAAGUACGGCUUAUUGGUUCCCAUGACACUGCACUCAAGGAUGACAUGGAGAAGCAACUGAAGGAGCAUCCAAGGGAACCUCCUGUGAAGCUGGAGGAACUGGAAGGAUGCUGA